GAAACCCUCCCUCCCCUUACCCAUCCAUUCCACUCUCCUCCCCAACGGUCGACCCGUUAACCCGCCAUGUCCACCGCCGCCGCCGUCGCCGCCGCCGACCCCCGCGCCGACCACCUCCCCCGGUCGCUGGAAGAUCGGCACGAGGUGGAUGAAGACUCGGAUGAAUCGGAGGAGGAAGCGGAUGUGGAGAGCGACGGCGAGGGCUCGGAGGUAUCGAGCCUCUCCGACUUCUGCGAACCCGACGGGGGCUCCGACGAGGACCCCACCUUCGACCCGGCCGCCGACGGGGACCUCGAGGUGGAGGCCAUGCUGCGGGCCAGGAUGAGCCGGAUGUCCAUCUCGGCCUCGGCGCGCAGGGGCAGGAAAGGGCCAGCAGUGCUGAAGAUGGGAAAGGAGGAGAUUGACCUUCUGGCCAUGGUGGACAAGCUCAAGCAGGAUGUUCAGCUUGAGAAACUGAAGGUUUACGAAUGUAAAGCAUAUUUGCGGAUGCACAAGUUAAGAUUGACAGGCAAGAAAGAAUUGCUCCUAAAUCGAAUCAGAGAGCAUAUAGAGGUGAAAAAUGAUGGCGAGAAGAAGUACCCAGUGUCAAGCUUUGUUCAUAACUGUAAAGGUGAUGCGUGCAAAGGUGAUGUUGUGAUGUUUGAGCAAUACAUUUACAGAAGGAAAAAGGGAGCUCCACGUGAAGUCAAGGGCCGCCUAUGUGGUCAAAGGACCAAUGCCGGUAGAAUAAUAAAAGAAAGCUAUGGCACUGCAAAGCAACAGCAUACAUUCACUAUUGAGAUUUUAUGGAGUAAAGGAUACAAGCCGUGGCCACCCCUUCAUCCGCUCCUCAUCAAGGGCAGAAAUCUUUACAAGGAUAAGACCAUGAGACAGCCAUGGCCUGAUGAAGAGGAAAGAAACAAGGUCAUACAAGAAAAACAUGAAAGAGGGGACUUGGCACGUAAGUCAAGAGCAGCCAGGAUUAAUGAGAAAGAGAAUCAAAAGCUGCUGAGGUUAAAUAAGAACAGGAUCAAGGACAAUAAGAUCAAAGAGCAGCAGAACAUGAAGCAAAAACAGCCUCAAGAGCCACAGCAAAUUGUCAAAUCCACAAAUAUUCUUCAGCAAAGGGUUGGUGAGAGGAAAGACCCUUCACCCCAAAAUGGUGAACCAGGGAAUCCAAGGCCUACUUCUUCACACCACAAUGAAGUGUUUCCACAUAAGGGUGCAACAGGAUCUUUUAAGCAAGUGCUCAGUGUUUAUCAGAUCCCAAAAGCAAUCAAUGCUAUAAUAAAAAUGGAGGACCGCAGCAAAAAAUGCUUUCAGAUCCCACUUGUACUCAGCAAAUGUUCAAGGACUACAACCACGGUUAUCAACAAAGAAAUGAAGUCCUACCUCAGGUGUUUCCAAUGGGAACUUCCAGGAAAGCAUUCGUAAAUCAUCAGCCCCCUUCCCAACACAAUGGUGGAUCAGGGAACACCAAUCAUCAUCAGAUAUCUUCAAAGCCCACUCCUUCAACAUUGAAGUAUCCCCAGCACCCCCCAAGCAUCAGAACCACAGUGAAGAGGAUGAUUGCAGAGAACUAUUGUUUUAUCAUCAGCAUAACACUUACAAUUCCACAGAAUAUGAUGACUCUUCAUUCCAGCCUCAAGGGAAGUUCACUCAGCAUGCAAGUUCAUACCAGCAUGGCUCCAAUUUUAAUCAAAAUGCCCGAGGUGGUCACCAAGCACAUCAACCCCAAAGACCAAGAAAUCAAGAUCAGAAUAACGCUUACUAUACUCCAAAAUAUAAUGACUCCUCAUCACAAACACGAGGGAAGUUAACUCAGCUUG